AUGCCGAUGCAUGGGCCCUGGCGCUUGGCUGCGGCCUGCUUUUUCGAGGGAGACGCGGCAAGCCGCGGAAUGUUGGUUCGGGCUUCCGCUGCAGAAGGUGACUGGGUAGCCAGCCUCGCGAUGCAUCAGGUCAGCCGACAGGACGAUCUCUUUACGUACAAUCACAUAAUCAAGUCCAUGCAGGACUGGUGCGCGGCUUGCUUCCUCCUGCACUGCAUGGAGACAGCCGGGAUUCAACCGAGUGCAGUAACCACCAGCACGUUGGUCAACCAUGUGGUGGCAACGAGGGGUUGGCGGCGGACAAUGCAGCUGCUGCAUCACCCGCCAUCUCACACAAAAACCGUCUACACCUUCAACGGUGCAAUCACCGCGUACUCCGGUGGACGAUGGCUUCUUGCAAUUUGCUUGGUCGCGCAGAUGUCUUCCUCCCGUUUGCUGGCAGACACCAUCUCAUACAACGCGGCCACCACGGCCAUAGAGGCUGCUGGGUCUUGGGCCGUGGCGAUUGGCCUGCUGUGCCAGGCCGCCGACAGGAAUCUGGAGCACACAGGGAAUAGCUUCCGUGCGGCCAUCACUGCCACCACGAGCAGACACCGUUGGCGCUCGGCGGUGGUGCUAUGGCGUUCCGCUGAACAUGUCGGCUUGGGUGGCGUGCGGGCGGCAUCGCUACAGGCAUGCCAAAGUGCUCAGCAGUGGCAGUGGGCAUUGGCGGCCUUCUCUUCGGUAGAUGCCCCGAGCAUCAUGGAUUGCAACUGUGCUUUGGGCACAUGCGUGGAAAGCAGCUCAUCACGCUUGGCCUUGCAAGUCUUACGGAGCAUUCGCCUGCACGAGCUGCGAGCCGACACUGUGAGCUUCAACAGCGCCAUGGGAGCAUGCGGAGGGGAUGGCAAUUGGCAGAUGGCCGAGCUUUGGAAUGAAGAAUCUUAA